CGGAAACCUUGUCAAGGUGCGUUCUUUUAUAAUGUAAAGUUAAAUACUAAUUAAGACCAAUCCGUUACUCCGUACAUCUUCCAUACAUACAUAUAUAUAUAUACCCUCCCACCUCCAUCCUCACCGACACACCAAACCAAACAUGAGACGAACAACCCGCAAAGCUCUCGUGCACGUGACGCUCUUCAUCAGCGCCCUCACGCUCAUCAUCUACCUGAACCGUUCCUCCAGCAAUACCACAUUUCCCUGGACCCGCAUCCGAUACAAGUACCAAAAAUCCCGACAAGCGGUUCCCCCUCCGCACGGAAUAUGUCCCGGACUCUCCAGCACCCACAAACCCGCCCUCAUCGUAUCACGCGUCGAAGCCGACGGCGAAACAUCCUGGCUCGACACCCUCAGCCACAAAUACCACAUCUGCAUCUACAACGUCGAUUCGCCUACUCUCUUGAAAUCCACGCAGAAAAUCUUACAGGUGCCUGCUAAUCGCGCGCAUGAAGCUAUGCCCUACUUAACAUUCCUCAUUGAUAACUACGAACACAUUCCCGCCGCGGGCGCGGUAUUCGUUCACGGGAAUCGCUAUCAGUGGCAUAAUGAUCAUCCCAAAUACGACAAUAGGGAUUUACUAUCCGUGCUUAAUGUCGAGGAUGCGUUGAGGGAAAAUGGUUAUCAUAAUUUAAAAUGUGAUUGGAGUUUGAGUACGUGUAGAAGCGAAGCGGUUCCCCAGGGAAGUCUGGAGACAAGUAUGCAAGCAUCGCUACAACCGUGGGAUAAACGAGCGGUGUCCGAUGCUGCGUUUCCUAAAGCGCUAAAGGUUUUGUUUGGGGACGGGAAACAGUUGAGUAGGACUGAUGUGGUCAGAAGUCAAUGUUGUGCGCAAUUUGUCGUUUCCAGAGAGAGUAUUUGGAAACAUGAUAGAGAGGAAUAUGUAGCGCUGAGACAGUGGUUAUUGAAUGCUGAUGGGGCGCCGAGGGAUGAUAAGGUGGCGGGAAGAAUCUUGAGUUAUGUGUGGCAUGUGUUGUUUAUGGAGCAAGAGGGUGUGGAAAAGGGAACAGUGGAUCUGGAGAAACUAAACCGACAGGCGUGUCCGAGUGCUGAAGAGUGCUAUUGUAAAUUGUACGGGAAGUGUGAUUUGGAUUGUAGGAUGAAGGGAAAUUGUCAGGGACAAUAUCGAUUGCCGAAGGAUAUGAAACUUCCUGAUGAUUAUGGAAAGCAGUUCGAACAUUUGGAUGGUCAUUCUGAUGGUCUUUGAGGUUUUGGAGUUGAGGUUCUUUUGCAUUUUAAAUGGUGUUGGAUAUUUGACUUGUAGAUUAUGAUAGAAGGAUAGAUAUUAGAUGUAAGACUUUAGAAUGUUAGAUGGGUAUAUAGGUUAAUAUCAAAGUACAUAG